AUGGCUGCAGGUCGUGUUAAGGUGAAUAUUGAUGCGGGUUUACUUGGAGAGAUCGGUAUUGGUAUAGGUGUGGUGGCGCGUGAUUCUGAGGGAAGGAUUCUAUGGUGCGCCUCCAUCAAGCGGGGGGAAAAAUUGGAGCCCAGGCUGGCGGAAGCAAGAGCUAUUCUGGUUGGUAUGAAGCUUGCUGCUGCAAGGGGUCAUGAUUUGGUCGAGUUCGAGAAUGAUAGUGAGUGUGUGGUAAAUGCCAUCAAUAAGAAGGUUCCUGGCGUGAGUUCUUUUCAUCUUAUACUGGAUGAUAUUAUGGAGGCUGCUCAGUUGUUUUCGUUUUGUUCUUGGAGUUGGGUUCAAAGAGAGGGAAACAAAGUGGCGCAUGAAUUAGCCCAUGCCCCACCCUUUGCUUUAGGUUGUAAGCUCUGGUCUGAUAAUUUCCCUGACUUCCUUUGUAACCUGUUAGACUCUGAUUGUGCAGCUUAA